AAUUACAUUCUCUCUCCUUCUUCUAUCUUCCUUUUUACAUCACAACCCUCUUUAGCUGCCGGUUCAACUCACGCGCCACCGCCGCCGAUCAUUCUCUCAAGUUUAAUUGAGUCUUAAUUUUCAGGGUUUCCGAUUUGCCACCCAAUGGGAAAAAACGAUUUCCUAACACCCAAAGCAAUCGCGAACCGAAUCAAAGCCAAAGGUCUCCAGAAGCUUCGAUGGUACUGUCAAAUGUGCCAAAAGCAAUGCCGAGACGAAAACGGAUUCAAAUGCCAUUGCAUGAGCGAAUCUCACCAGCGCCAAAUGCAAAUCUUCGGGCAAAACCCGGACCGGAUCUUAUCCGGAUACUCCGAAGAGUUCGAACAAAACUUCCUCGACCUCAUGAAACGCAGCCACCGGUUCAGUCGCGUCGCCGCCACCGUCGUUUACAAUGAGUUCAUUCAUGAUCGACAUCACGUUCAUAUGAAUUCGACCCAGUGGGCUACUUUAACGGAGUUCGUCAAGUAUUUGGGACGGACUGGGAAGUGUAAGGUCGAAGAAACACCCAAAGGUUGGUUUAUUACUUAUAUUGAUAGAGAUUCAGAGACUAUUUUUAAGGAAAAAAUGAAGAAUAAAAGGAUUAAAUUGGAUAUGGUAGAGGAAGAGAAACAAGAGAAGGAAAUUCAAAAGCAAAUUGAAAAAGCUGAGCAGCUGAAAAUGCCUUUGGAAUCUGAGGAGAAUUCAAAACAGCCUGUCACCAAAGAGCUGAAUUUGGAGAGUGGAGUGAAAAUUGGGUUUACUUUAGGAGGGGGAAAUGUCGCGAAAGGGGAGAGUUCGAAUAAUGCGAGGUUGGUUUUUGAAGAGGAAGAGAAUGAAAACAAGAAGAAGAAUGAGGAGAAAGAGAACAGUGGUAGAAAAAAUGCGUUGGAAGAGUUGAUGAGGGAAGAGGAGAAGAUAAAGGAGAGAAGCAAUAGGAAAGAUUAUUGGCUUGGUGAGGGUAUCAUUGUGAAGGUGAUGAGUAAAGCAUUGGCUCAAAGAGGGUACUAUAAGCAGAAAGGAAUUGUGAGGAAAGUGAUCGAUAGGUAUGUAGGGGAGAUUGAAAUGCUUGACAGUAAGCAUGUGUUGAGAGUUGAUCAGGAAGAGCUUGAGACUGUGAUUCCGCAAAUUGGGGGAGUGGUAAGGAUAGUAAAUGGGGCAUAUCGUGGGUCAAAUGCAAGGUUGUUGGGUGUGGAUACAGAGAAGUUUUGUGCAAAGGUGCAGAUAGAGAAGGGAGUGUAUGAUGGGAGAGUGCUUAAGGCUAUCGAGUAUGAGGAUAUAUGCAAAGUUGCUCAGUAGCUGAAGUGUGCACUCAGAAGUGAAGGGAGCCAUCUUACUUCAAAAUUCAAAUGCAAAUAUAUUGCCUAUAUCAUGUAAAAAGCUGGAAAAUUUCUGCUGUUAAAGAUCAUUCAAAUUGUUAUGGAAUGCCUUUAUGCACUGAUAUGUUUUCGCUGGAGUUGGUUCAAGGGGAACUAAUUUACAUACACAAGAUGGCUUUGCACUAUAAUGUUAUGAAUAUCCACCAUGUUUAUAUUCAGUGUUUUCGAGUCAUAGAGCUUGUUAGAACAUGAAUAUAUCACACAGCAUUCUUUCAUUUUCUAACUCAAACUGAUACGAGCAUAUCUCUUAUGAACUUUAUGAUAGCAGAGUCUUGUUUGAUUCCAAUGUUAUCACUUGUCAUGCUGUUAUUGAGUGUGAUGUAGUGUUUUGGCAGAAAAUUAGUUGAAGAAAACAAAGGAAAAGACAAUGGUGGAUUUCCAUUGCUAUUGUUUUGGACAUUAAUCAUGCAAUCUGUUAUAACAUGUAUUCUUUGUCUAUUCUCCUGUUAUGGAAUGCCAUGUCCACAGCAUCAUCGACUAUGUUGAUUCUAAACUGUUUAUCAUCUAAAACAACAAUGAUCAGCUUAACAGGGGCGGAGACAGCGGUGAGGGGUGGCUCCAUGGU